CGGGCUCCUUGCCCACCAGGCUUCCUUGGCGAAGAUGGCGGCGGUCGCGUCCUGGGGCUGCCGGAAAUAUCUUUUAAACGCGUGGCUUCUAUCCAGGCAAUGCUCCGGCCCUGUGCAGCACCCCUUCUGCGUGUGCCGAACGAGCAGAUUGGCGUUGGGAUUUUACCAGUCUAGAUGUUCUUCCUCGGGCCAUCGGAAAGGUUUUAUAUCCGGCUUCGUAGAGAACAUCAAGCAGGAGCUAGCCAAAAACAAGGAGAUGACGGAGAGCAUCAAGAAAUUCCGAGACGAAGCGAAGAAACUGGAGGAGUCGGACGCCCUCCAGGAAGCAAGGCGGAAAUACAAAACCAUCGAAUCCGAAACCGUCAAGACCUCGGAAGUGCUUAAAAAGAAAUUAGGAGAAAUCAGUGGCACCGUCAAAGAGAGCAUAGAUGAAGUCAGCAAGAGCGAGAUUGGCCGGAAGAUCAAGGAAGGAAUGGAAGAAGCAGCCAAAACAGCGAAGCAGUCUGCGGAAACAGUCUCCAAGGGAGGAGAAAAACUGGGCCGGACUGCAGCAUUCAAGGCCAUUUCUCAGGGUAUGGAGAGCGUCCGGAAGGAGAUUGACGAGAGCGUGUUGGGUCAGACGGGCCCUUACAGGCGUCCGGAGAGACUCCGGAAAAGGACGGAAUCUGCCAGCGAGAGGCUGAAAGACGAGCGGAUAUUCGAAGCGAACGAGCAAGCGAUGGGCAUGGUCCUCCACAAAGACUCCAAGUGGUACCAGCAGUGGAAGGAAUUCAAGGACAACAACGUGGUUUUCAACCGUUUCUUUGAAAUGAAGAUGAAAUACGACGAGAGUGACAAUGCCCUCAUCCGUGCCUCACGCGUCAUGACGGACAAAGUGACCGACUUCAUAGGCGGGCUGUUCUCCAAGACCGAGAUGUCCGAGGUCCUUACCGAGAUCCUGCGCGUUGACCCCAACUUCGACAAGGACCAAUUCCUCAAGCAGUGUCAGGCCGACAUCAUCCCCAACGUCCUCGAGGCUAUGAUUUCCGGAGAUCUGGACAUCCUGAAGGACUGGUGCUACGAAGCGACCUACAGUCAGCUGGCCCAUCCCAUCCAGCAGGCCAGAGCGAUGGGGCUCCAGUUCCACUCCAAGAUCUUAGACGUGGACAAUGUGGACCUGGCCAUGGGGAAGAUGAUGGAACAGGGCCCCGUGCUGAUCAUCACCUUCCAGGCUCAGCUGGUGAUGGUGAUGAAGAACCAGAAGGGAGAGGUGGUGGAAGGAGAUCCGGAGAAAGUCCUGCGGAUGUUGUACGUCUGGGCCCUCUGCAGGGAUCCUGAAGAGCUGAACCCCUACGCUGCCUGGCGCCUGCUGGACAUUUCUGCUUCCAGCACUGAGCAGAUCCUAUGAGUCGGCCCGGGGGGGGGGUGAGGGGGAGCUCGACCGCGAUCCUGCAGAGCGCCCCACCCCGCCUGUCCUGCGCAGAGUCCAGCACGAGGGACCCCAGCGGGGCUGGGACAGGGGUGCUGCUUCGGAUGUAGAUGCUGGGAGACCCUCCCCCCCGUACCCUCUUUUUCUGGUCUUCAGACUUGGAACUUGCUAGCAUCCGGGCACGAUGCGGGGCAGCGCUAACCCCCCCCCCCACUUGCCCUCACGGACGUCUGGGUCUCCCAGGACGGACACCGGCCUGUGCUUUGCCAAAGUUGUGCCUGUUCCGAAACUCGCUGCCCUUUCAUCCUCGCGCCGAAGAGUCUUCCGGAAGGCUCCUUCCCUUGCAGCGGAUUCCAGAGGCUGAGCCGGACACGGUGGAGGGGGGGUGGGGGGCUGCCAGGCGGGGCAGGGAGACGACCCCCCCCCACAUACGCGGGAGAGGAAAAUGGGGUGGAGACAGAGAGGGAGGGUCUUGAGGCGUGGAAGGCCGGCAGGAGGUGGUCCGUCUUCCUUCCAGGAGCUAUUUCCUCACAAGGUUGGCAGGCUCAGGGUAGAAUCGGGGGGUCUUUGGUACACCCUUUUUUUGUAGCCCUUGCCGGGCUUGGAAUUGGCUUAGCAUCCUUGACGGGGUGCUGGGCGGGGGGUGGGGGAAAUGGCCUCCUCUCCAUAAGAGUCUUCCCCUCCCCCUCUGUAAAUUAAAA